AUGUGGAAAAUUCGUAUCUUUCUGUUUAUUUCGUACUGCUUGGUUCAUCCAAAGGAGACAGCCAUGCGACCCAAUCCCUCAAUGGGGGAAGCUCCUUUUCUAACUCAGGUUCGGACCCAGCGAACCUUCUCCACCAUCUUCGUCCCUCGCGAAAUGUCGCGUCAGUUUGAGCGGGAAGCUCGCGAGAUCAUGGCUCAAGAAGCCCCGGACGAUCCUCGCUACAAGCAGAUCCCGCCCUGCUAUUGCUCCAUGCGCGUCUUCGACGACGCGGAGAAGGAAAUGGUGACCGGCUCCUUCGGCUUUCUCACCUCUCUCUACAAAGUGGUGGACGUAACGGACGGGAUGAGCUACGCUUUGCGUCGUGUGGAGCGAGUUCGCACGAAUAACGAGAUGGUGCGCGUUCAUCACCCCAACAUCAUCGCUUUGCGCAACUGCUACCUCAGCAAUGGCGCCGUUUUCUUCGUCCACGACUUCUACCCCACCGCGACCAGUCUCUACGAUUGUUUCCUCAAAGUGCUUCUCUCUCUCUCUUCUCCUUAA